AUGGACGGUGCAUCUUCCUCUUCUUCCUCCUCGUCUGAUGAUGACGAUACUGUCGGGGCUGGCGGCGGCGACAAGAGUCUCGGCAGGAAGAAGAAAAAGAAAACGGGUUUGCAAACAUCCGAGUUGCUCUCAAAAACGGGAAUGAGCUUCGAUACGUCUCAGUUUUUAGACGUGGAGAGGAGAAAGGAAAUGAUUGAGAGAGGGAAAAAAGAUGCGAUGGAAGAUGUUGUGAGAUCGAUUCGAUUUGGCGGUGGUGGUGGUGGUGGUGGCGGUGGAGUUGACGGGGCUGACGUUGCAAAAAAUAAGGAACGACGAACGGUAUCGAAAACGAUGUCUUUAUUUACCGUUGAAGAGCACUUGCGUAUCGUCGCGCAACCCGCGGUGCGGAACUUUUGCAUGCAUAUUUUAGCUCUGACGGAGUGCAGAAUCGACGAAGCGACGUGUGAAGACGUGCAGAAAUUACUCGACUCUCUGCAGAAAGAAUUCGGUGGUAGUAACAAGGCGAAUAUUGAAGCGCUGUGCGACGCCAUGGAGAGUAAACUGUUCGAGUUGAGCAAGACGUUGGUGAGCGGUUGGAGAGGCAAGGCGAUCUUUUCUGGGAUAGAAGACGGCAAUGGCGACGACAAUAACAUCAAUAGUAAUAAUAAUAGUACGGAUUUAGAGGCAAUUUUGGAUUACUUAAUUGCGACGACGUGCCACGAGUGCAUAGAAAACGUGUGCGUGAAACUCGACGAAGAGACCAAUAUCGACAUCGUAGUGUUUCCGAGACUUGUUCGGUUCGCGAGGAAUUCAGCGUUGAAACUCGGAGGAGAGACAAAUCCAUACUCGCACGAGUUGAAUAGAUUUUCGGAAAAAGUAUCUCAAGCUUUGAAGCGAGGAUUGGCGACGAUUGAAAUUAGCGAAGUGAUUGAAAAUGAGUUGCCAGCGGUGUUGCGAGCGUACAACUUGCGAUUUCUGAGAGAUUUGAAGAAGAACAAGCAUUUGAGAAUAAGCACCACUGGUAAUGCUAAUGGUAGUAGUUCUCAUGGAAAUACCACUAGUCAUUUUAGCAACGAUAGCAAUAGAAGGAGAACAUUUACGGGUGCGCACGGCUCGCUCUCGCUUAACGAUGUGGCGUCGUUACCGUCGCAGUCGCCAGAGAAGCGGAAGAAAAACAAGAAUAGUGGCGGAGGAGGUGGAUACUUUUUUGGUCUCGUCGGUGGUGGAACAGACACAAACACCAGCAAAAAUAGGAAGCGGCAACGUAGAGAAGAAGAAAAGAAAGCUUUUGAGACCGUCCGAAGUCAAAAAACGGCGCUGGAUGCGCAAGACGCUUUACUCAUCUCUUGGAUUCGUUCGGCGUUGGAGGUUCGUGAGGAUUUCUUUGACGAAGAUGAUUCAGAUUCUUCUGACGAUGACGACGAUAGCGACGAUGGUGUCCGUGGUAGCAGUGCAGCGCCGUCGACAGCACCAUCGUCGUCCGUGGCGAUUCGGAGCGGAUUGGUGCUCACCGGGUCCCAAGUCGUCAAGGACUGGCAACGUGAGGAUGGCUUCACUUUGAAAAGGCGAUGUCGAACUUCAAAACCAGAUUUUUUAUCGAAAGAUGGCGACCCGGUCGACGAAGACGAUGAUACGGACAUUUGGACGACGGAAAAUUUAUCCACGGGCCCGUUUCAAGCGCACUUCACGCGAGCGCUUUCCAGCUUAGAGAACGCUUUGCGAAGAGCGAAAACGUGUAAGACAGAGGCAACUUCCGUGGCUUCGGCGGCGAGGGUGAUAUUGGCGGCUUCCAGAACAGCUCGCGGUGGCGAAGAAUUGGAGUUAUGCACGAGUUUGUUCGGUGAUCCGCCGUACUUCGCCGUUUUAGGUCUCAAUUCGAGAGAAUACGACAAUAAGCUCGACCUCGGUGGUCCUCCGGUUGAGAUUUUUGUGGAAGAAAAUCGGGUCACGGUGCAGUGUCGCUCGGUGUAUGAGAUUACCAGACAUCCGAUUGACGACGACGAUUUUGCCAAUGACGAUGCCCUUUUCAUGCCCAUACCAUGGUGCGCAAUCGCAAUAUCGUACACUACAAUCCUCGAAACGAACCCGCUCGAUGGCAUAUUGGAAGUAAAACGAACGCGGUGCGGUCUAAACAAACGCGUUUCGCAAAAACGCCUCAACCGUUUUUUACGCAACAAACAUACUGGAACAGGCGGUAAGAGUGUUACAUCUGCGAACGUAAACGAUAACAAUAGUAAUAAUAAUGAAGACGACGACGAUAAGGAGGAGGGGAAAAGGAAAUCGAAGAAUAUGAAUACUAAAAGUUCUAAUAGUGCGGACAGCACCGAUGGUGGUGGUAUAUUGAAUUCUUUGUUUAGCGCCGUGUUCAACUUUUAA